AUGUCGGCGCUCCAGGAAGGUGGCGGGGAGCGCGCAGCGGACUUGGCUGAGACACAGGAAAUAAACCCUCCCGCGCUUCAAGCCCAGAGGAAGGCCAACUGUGGGGGGAGGGGGGCUCGGCCCCUGUGCACCCGGGAGCCUGCCGUGUCGGUCAUGCAAAGACUUGGGAGCCCCAAGGUUGACAAAAACGGGCCCUUCCGGGACCACUUUUGCCCCCCCCCUUCGGUAAAGCUGGCUGCCUCUUCGCCCGCCGCCGGGGAAGCUGGCAAACCCCCCGGUGCGCUCCGCGGUUCCCAGCCCCGCCUCUGGUACCCUCCGGGGGCCCCCGAGUCCCGCUCCGCGUCCGACGCGCCGCCCGGCGGCUUCUCGGCAGCUCCCGGGGUCCCCCCGGGGGCGCGCGGGGUCCCCCAGCCCGCCCGGGGAGCCGGCUCAGCUCCACGUCCCCAGAGCGGGCCGCGGAAACGGCCGCGGGUGUCGCGCGCGCGGAUAGCGGAAAGCCCUGGAGGGUGGCCCCGAGGGCCGGGGGGCCCCCAAAUCGGGGCCGCCGAGGUGCGUCUGGAACCCCGAGGACGCCCCUCGCCCUCCGCAGCAAGCCCCCCUCCUGCCCGCGCGCCCCCUCCCCCCCAGUCACCUCCUGGACUUUCGUUCUUUGAAACUUUUGAGACCCUAAUUGGUGGUCGCGGAGAGACGCUCCGGGGCUCCCGCCUCCUGAAUAACUCUCAUCACGUCCCCCGGGCCCACGGGGGCGUGGGGGUAUAUAAGGGACCCGGCGGGCGCCCAGCCGGACUGCGAAAGCAACCCGCUCCCAAGCGCGCAUCAGGUGCCGGCAGCCUGCAGCCUCCCGCUGACCGCGCACGGGCCACUUGGGCUCGCCAGUCCUUCCCGCCUGACCCGCUGGCCCACCGGCCGGCCCUCCAGCACCCACCGACGGAGUCCCAGGGCCUUUUCACCGUGGCCGCGCCUCCAGUCCCGGGAGCGCCUUCUCCUCCCGCCACUCUGGCGCACCUUCUUCCCGCCCCGACGAUGUACAGCCUGCUGGAGAGUGAGCUCAAGAACCCCGUGGGACCGCCCGGCCCGGCGGCGGGCGCGGGCGGCCCGGCCGCCCCGGGAGGCGCAGGCAAGAGCGGCGCGAACGCGGGCGGCGGCGCGAACGCGGGCGGCGGCGGCGGCAGCGGCGGCGGCGGCGGCGGCAGCGCGAGCGCGGGCGGCGGUGGCGGCGGCGGCGGCGGCGGCGGCGGCGAGCAGGACCGCGUCAAGCGGCCCAUGAACGCCUUCAUGGUGUGGUCCCGCGGGCAGCGGCGCAAGAUGGCCCUGGAGAACCCCAAGAUGCACAACUCGGAGAUCAGCAAGCGCCUGGGCGCCGACUGGAAGCUGCUGAGCGACGCCGAGAAGCGGCCGUUCAUCGACGAGGCCAAGCGGCUGCGCGCCGUGCACAUGAAAGAGUACCCGGACUACAAGUACCGGCCGCGCCGCAAGACCAAGACGCUGCUCAAGAAGGACAAGUACUCGCUGCCCGGCGGCCUGCUGCCCCCCGGCGCCGCCGCUGCCGCCGCCGCCGCCGCCGCCGCCGCCGCCGCGGCCGCCAGCAGCCCGGUGGGCGUGGGCCAGCGGCUGGACACGUACUCGCACGUGAACGGCUGGCCCAACGGCGCGUACUCGCUGGUGCAGGAGCAGCUGGGCUACGCGCAGCCCCCGAGCAUGGGCAGCCAGCCGCCGCCGCCCGCGCUGCCGCAGAUGCACCGCUACGACAUGGCCGGCCUGCAGUACGGGCCCAUGAUGCCGCCGGCCGCGCAGAGCUACAUGAACGCCGCGGCCGCCGCCUCGGGCUACGGGGGCAUGGCGCCCUCGGCCGCCGCCGCCGCCGCCGCCGCCGCCGCCGCCUACGGGCCGCAGCCCUCGGCCGCCGCCGCCGCCGCCGCCGCCAUGAGCCUGGGCCCCAUGGGCGCCGUGGUGAAGACGGAGCCCAGCUCGCCGCCGCCCGCCAUCGCGUCGCACUCGCAGCGCGCGUGCCUCGGCGACCUGCGCGACAUGAUCAGCAUGUACCUGCCGCCCGGCGGGGACGCGGCCGACGCCGCCUCGCCGCUGCCCGGCGGCCGCCUGCACGGCGUGCACCAGCACUACCAGGGCGCCGGGACUGCGGUCAACGGCACCGUGCCGCUCACCCACAUCUGAGCGCGGGCCCCCCCCGCGGCCCCCCGCGCCCCGCGCCCCCCGCCCCGCACCCCCGCCUCGGGACGCCUUGCUCUCUAGCUCCGCUCGCCUGGGACUGUUGCCUUGUACCGCUGAUGGGGGCAGGACUCAAAAGUUUUUUGGGUGUUUUUGUUUUUGUUUUUUUUGUGGUUGUUGGUGGUUUUGGGUUUUGGGGCCCCGCCAGUCGGGUUUUGUACAAAAGCGGAAAGAAAAGAGGGAGAAAAAAAAAAGAAAAAAAGAAAAAGAAUGAAAAAAAAAAAGAAACUCGCCAGCAGGAGUGGCGGAGAUGGGGACUUGAGAACGCUCGCUCGCGGGCCCCCUCGCCGCCGUCCCCGGCCCUCCCCCGUGGCGGGCUGGGACGCGCUGCGAGGCGGGUGAAGAGAAACAGGACGACCCCCGCCGCCGCCGCCGCCGCCGCCGCCGCCUAGGUUCCUGCGUUAUUUUGUUGCAGCCGUCGCGUUAGUUUGCCGCUGCCGCAGGAGUGGCACGAGCGUGCUUUCUCGGGCGAAGCUGCCCCGAGCACCGCAGAGCCCCUCCCCCGCCCCUUCGCGUUCCCUCUGUUUUCCUCCU